AUAUUUGUGGUGAGAUCGGGUGUCGGAUGUAUAUAGUUGUGGCUCACUUUAUUCAUUGACUUUUCGGAAAUCCAUAUUAUUUUUUAUGCAGGUAACUUGCAAGACUUUUUUUUUUUUGGGUGUCCCUUGAUGCUUUAGAAAGAGCAAGCUAGCAGACUGGAGAACCUUGAGAACUACAGUACAGAAUGAGAAAUUAUUGAUCACCCUCUCUGUUUUACAAUCAGGGAAAAGCUAUACUAGUAUGAGGGGAAACUUUGAAUUAAAUAUUAACAAGUUCAUGUCGUCAAUUAUUAAUGAAUCUUUCUCAUUCCAAAAAUAAACAUUUUACCAGUUGGCCUCAUCAUCUCAUCUCCCUGUUUGACAGUGAAGUUUUUAUUACAGAAAAAUGAAAUGUUGAUAAAUGAAUUGAUACGUAGGGAUUGAUGGCUGCCGGAGAACCUAACUAGGGGGGCUGCCCUGGGUGGCACGAGGAGAGACAGUCAAGUCAGCUGGCUGGCCGAUUGGGUCAAGUCAAUACAUAUAUACAUAUACACAUCAGAAAAGGUUAUCAUCUCUGUCUGUCAUGAACUACACUAUGAAUGAGCUAGCCAGAGUCUCUUCAGACUAAUUUAUAACUUAAUUACAAGACCAACGGCAUUUUUUCUGCUAAGAAAUUUAUUCGUGAAUGGUUUCUGGCUUACCCUAUAUAAUGUAGUUUAUUUGUAAGGUUCACCUUGAACUUUUCAUUACUCUGAAACGUCCGAAACGAGGACGACGAAAACGCGGUUACGGCCAGUUUGUGGACUGCCCAAUGAAAUUGCUGCAAAUAUGUUUUAUUAUUAUGAAUUCCGACCAUUUGGUUUUGGUUUGUUCGAUGGAGAAAAAUAUUUCAACAGUCGGACAGAUAAAGCAGAAAGCAAAACGACACCACCGAAUGCCGGCCAACAUUCUUCUUUGUUUCUCUGUAUCGGACUGAUACUCCCAAUGUCUACUCCAUUGCGAGACUAGUCUAAUAUAUGACUCGAUCAUGCAUGACCGUCUUUCUCUUCUUAAGAGUUAAAGACUAAAAUCUAAACCAAAACAUGGCUCAAUCAACCCUGGUCUCCAAAGGAUCGAUUACUCUGCAAAAGAAAUCGGUCGACAAUCGGCGAAAAAUGGAAAAUAAUAAUGUACCAGACCUCACUGAUUUUAUGAACGACAUGUUCUUUGGGACUGUUGACAAGGACAAGAAAGCUUAUAACAUGACAGGCGGUGAUGGUCGUCGUAUGAUGGACGAGGAAGAUGAUUUUGAUUGUAGCACUAGAAGCAAUAGUGGCAAGUUAACACAAGAGUGGCUAGAAGAGGCAAAGCGCAUGGUGGCCUCUUCUCCAUCUCGAUGCGAGUCGCCGUCGCGACUCGUCGGGUCGUCGAGGUUUGCAGACGCACAACCUAGAUUAUCGUUCUCGUCGAUUGAUCGGAGGGAUCCUCUUUCUCGGUCUGCCAGAAGGAACAGAGCAGUGGAGGGAUCAUUCAGUGGAGAAAUUCUGAUCAAAUCAGAAAAACACAGCCGCAACAAGUCGCUCACUCUGGACACCUCCACAGAGCAAUCUCCCGCUAAUGCAGUCCACAAAUGGUUCUCCAAUAUUCUCGGUGCAUCGAGUCCCACUUCAACACCGUCUUCUCCCGGUUCCCCUACAGACCUCUCUCAUGAUUCAACGGCAAUUCUUCUGCCACCUCGGCAGUCAACUGCCAGAGUAUCCCGCUUCAAAACCGACAACUCUGCACCUCACCCACAGGGGAUUCCAGUCCCUUCCCGCCGAACGUUCAAAACUUCUUCAGGUCCAUUAACUGAGCCAGCCCCGAACUCACUUUCUCCACCCAAAAACCUUGUUGAGUCUGCUGCAAGGAGAUCAAUCUCAUCAUCUACAUGUUCAUUGCCAUUGAAUUGCCCCCUUUCACCACCCAAGAAUCUAGUAGAGUCAGUUCACCGCCGUUCUAUAUCGAGGUCUACUUGCUUUGUGGAGAAAGUUGCGCCGAUAAGCCAUGAAAAUGGGAGGUCAAAGAAAGAGGACAAAAGCAGAGACCUUAGCCUAAAUGAAUUCCUUAAAGAACAGAGAAUCAAGAUUGAGAAGAUUUUAAAUAGAGAAUCUAAUUACAAGGCCAAGAUCGUGCUUCCAGGACCUUCAAACAGUACAAGUUCGAUGGUGGCAGCAAUAUGCUAUGCAUUAUUGUUGGAAAAUCAAUUGAGAAAGAAGAAAGGAUCAGAAAGUGAUGCAGAAAAAUACGUGGUGGUGCCUGUGAUGAAUGUCAGGAGACACAAAAUGUGGAAGCAUCAACAGGCUGCUUGGCUCUUCCACCAUGUUGGCCUCCAUGCAACCUCAUUGCUCUUUGCAGACGAGGUUGAUCUAGAGAGUGUGAUGAUGACUGGAAAAUUGAACAUGGUCAUGGUUGGGCAAGAUGUCCUCAAAACUAAUGGCAAGGCUGGAUCUCAGUGCACCAUUCUUACUGAUAAUUAUUGUGAAGAUGCAUAUGAUUUACUUCAAACACCAAUGCUGAAAAAGAUUUUGCUUGCUGGUAUCCUUUUAGACACAAAAAAUUUGGAUAUAGCUUCUCCCUUGACUAUGACAAGAGAUGCAGAGGCAGUUCAAUUACUAUCGGUUGGUUCAGCCCCAAAUUACAGAUACACUCUUUACGAUCUAUUGAUGCAAGAUCAAAGGGAUAACUCUUUUCUUGAAGCCUUAAGUUCCAACUAUGGGAAGUCGCCCAUCCAUAACGGGCUAGAAACAAAGGCACAAUCAGAGCGCAGUGUUCCAGACAGGAGAUCAACUUCUUCCUCUAACAGUGAAGCUAGCACACAAAAUUUGCAUAAAAAUCCCCAUGGUGUGACAAAUGCUAAAAAUAACAAAAUUUCGUCAACUCCAGCUAAGCCCAAUUCAUUACCAGCAAAGGCUACGACUGCAGCACCACCAACUUCUCGCGGAAAAAACGUGUUUUCCUUUGCAAAGUGGUUUGGUUUUGGAUCAAAAUAAAGACAACCCUUCUGUAAAUUCGCCAAACUAUUAUCAGAUAUAUUCUAUACCCGAGGAUGGAUCAACGUAGACAACGUGGUUUGGUUUUGAAAUUUUGUUGCACACUGAUUUGUAACAUUAUGCAUAAUGUCAGAGGCUCAAUAGUUACCCUGGUUCAAGAUCUGUAACACUAUGCCUUCCUAAAGCAUCAGAAGAAAUGGCCUCCAAUUGUUUAGUCUAGUAAAUUUUCUUCCAUUUUUUUUAA